AUGGCGCGAAAGUUUGUCGAGGUCGAUCUAAAUGCCGACAUUCGCGAGGCGUUUAAAAUUUUCGACCGGGAUGGUAGUGGGCUGAUUCACGCUGACGAAUUCAAGGCCAUCAUGAUGAGUUGCGGGGAGAAAUUGACGGAAACGGAAGUGGAUGAGAUGAUGAAGGAGGCUGACAUCAAUGGAGACGGAGCCAUUGAUUACGAGGGAAACGGGACGGUGGAUUUUAUGGAAUUCAUCAGAUUAAUGGCGCGAAAGUUUGUCGAGGUCGAUCUAAAUGCCGACAUUCGCGAGGCGUUUAAAAUUUUCGACCGGGAUGGUAGUGGGCUGAUUCACGCUGACGAAUUCAAGGCCAUCAUGAUGAGUUGCGGGGAGAAAUUGACGGAAACGGAAGUGGAUGAGAUGAUGAAGGAGGCUGACAUCAAUGGAGACGGAGCCAUUGAUUACGAGGGUCUGUGA